UCUUUUAAUUUUGCCUCGUGCAACACUGCGAAUGAAAUUCCCAAAAUGAAAUAGAGUUGACAUUAUCUAUUGCUAUUGCAGCCAACUUCAUGUAGAUAUGUAAAUUUUCAUUGCUGCAAGAAAAAUUAAAUAGCCGCGCAUAUUUACCAAACUUUUAAAAUUUACCAGUGAUAUAUUAAGAAAAAACCUCAGAUCUCAUGAUAAAGAGUUGAUUAAUAUUUGGAUUAUAAUAUUUUCCAUUUAUAUCAAUAAUAUAACAUUGAUUUUUGCGUAAAAUAGCGCGUAAAUAUUUUCAUAGAAUGUAGCUGCAAAGCACCAAAAUUAGACGCCAUGUUUAAUUUCUAGCCAGUAUUGCUCCUAUUGAACAAUCGUGUGGGAAGGGUACAUUGGGUGGAAAGCAGCGGUACGGUAUAAUAGCCGAUUUUGUGCGCUAUGUGGAAUGAUGUUGUGUGUUAGGAUAAAAAAUGUGUAUAAAUAGAAUACAAAGAAAAUGUAGCACUAGAAGAGUGUGUAUAAAAAAUGCCAAAAUGAAAAUGGGAGCUUUCUCCAAACAACAGAAGUGCUUGAAACUCUAAAAAUAAAUACCAAACUAAUUUAUGCAACAAGAGGGCUGCGCCUUGUUAACGACUACAGCAAAAGAAAAAUAAAUCAAACAAAUUUUCCAAAAAAAGGUUGAAAGGAGAAAAACAUACAAAAAAAUGCAUGUAUAUGCCUAAAAACUAGUUGAAAAAACCAGCGGACAGGUGUAUUCACAACACCGCAUUUAUAGAACCAUGUGGGAUAAGGAUAUAUCAAAACCCAACAAAAAUGAGGACACACCUGGAGAAGGAAUCACCGAAAUGUCUAAUUCAAGUUGCUCAAAAUCAAAUAAUUUAGUUGAAAAUACCUCCGCGAAACCGGAUAAAGUAGUUGUUGCUACGUACGUUUUCAAUGAAGAUGAUGAGUGUGCAGAUAACAAAAGUGAGGAGAGUAGACAAAAAAAAGAUAUUGACCAUUUAUUGUCAAUUGAAGAUGAUGCUUCAGCAGGCUUAACAAAAAGUAGCGAACAAACAAAUAUAUUACAAAAUGUACAAAAAUCAGUUGAAACUGACCCCGUACAAGCGUUAAAAGCGUCAGUAUCAACAGCACCUAAUACAUUCAAAACAGCAGAGUUAUCAGUAACUAUAGAUUGUAAUGAAUUGCCAUAUAAAAAUGUGUAUACAAAUUUACACAUACAAACCUCUAAGCCGUCUUCAAAACCAGCAAUUUCAGUAAAACAUUUUAGUCCAAUACUUCCAAACCAAACACUUCAGAAUGAGACUGUUUCGGUAUCUAAUAAUACCACAGAAACAGAUAAACAAAGUAAAGAUUUAAUAAGUGAUAAUGUGGCAGGUCCACAAUCUAAUACAUGCUCACUCUCAGUGGAACAGAGGGUCCACGUGGCACGAGUGCGAUCGCCCACAGGAUCUGUUGAAGACCUCCCAUCAGUGUCCGAAAUUCGCGCAUGCUCACCCACACCUUCAAGCGUCACGACCGCUUCGACAUUUCGGACAGCAAGAAGUGCGAGUGGACGCCGUGUGGAAUGUUCCCGACACAUCAGGCGCCCACCUAAAGAACCAGAAGAAUAUGUUGAAGCAUUAUUUCCCCAUAUACAAAGAGCACAUAACCAAAUUCGGCAAGCGUUAUUACAUGCCCCCCACACAGACGUUAAAGAUAACGCGUUGCUAAAACGGAAAAUGCUUGAAAUCAUUCAACUCUAUUCAAAUGGAUGUAAAAGUGAGUUCGAAAGAGCAGUAACAUCAUUGGUAUUAUGUCGCAGAUUGAAGAGGAAUAUUAUGCGGUUGUUGGAUUUAUUUCACGACAUUUGCUUAUCCUGUCGUGAGGACCAUGCCUAUUUGUAUUAUAUAAGUCAAAUAAUUGGAGUAUAUAAUUCCUUGGAAAUACGAUUAUCAUUUAGCAUGACAAGACUACAAAAAUGUGCGCUAAUUCAUCGCAUAGUUCAUGUGAUAAAUAAACAUUUGAUUGUGAAAGAUGAGUCAUUGGCCAAAGAAAAUAUAUUACGUAUGUUCCUGCACAUGCCCGAUUUGUACUCGGCACGUUUUAUAAUGGAACCAAUUUUCAAUACAUUUUUGCAAGAAAUUCCCACUAGCAGUAAUACUUGGUGUCAAAAAGAAUUGCCAGAUAAAACUUUUGUGCAAUAUAUUAUAAUAUUACAUUUAUGGAAGGAAAUGCUGCGAGACCCUCUUGAACAAGUGGAAUUAAUAAACAGAGCACAACAUUUUAUGUGUCCAACCAAGACACUACACGCCAAUCCUAUGUAUACAAAUCAUUUACCAACUAUACACACGCGAAAACAUGCUGUUAAAGACAUUUUGAAUAGUCUUAAAUUUUUUCACGAUUUACGAAAUGCGGCAAUUUGCGACGACACUUUGCAUGAUGGUGAUGACACAAUUGAGGUUGUUAUAGAUGAGGUUAUAAACACACCUUUUUGGGAUUUUGGAGCCACCUACCAAUCAGAAACGAAAGACCAAAGGCAUAUAAAAAGCAGAGUAUCCGCAAUCGAAUCAGCUGAUUGUGUAGAUCUCACCAUAGAAGACGAUGAAGAGUAUGAUACAGAAUCUCCCGACAAUUAUUUAACAUGGCUUAUUGAGCUCAAAGAGAAAGCAGCAGAAAGAGUGAACCAUGAUGAGUCGGAAAAAGUUAUUUGCUUAGAUUCAGACUCAGAGGGAGAAUUAUUCUCUGGCAGUAUACUAGAUCCAGCCGAAUCAUAUCAGGAUUGUGAUGCUUUUGACACAGACUACACAAGUCUUGAUAGUAGUGCUUCGGAUGAUAGAGUACCAUCCGAUGAAGAAAUUCUACAAUCAACAGCUAUUACCAACAAUGGCCUUAGAACUUAUCUUACGCCUAAAUCUAAAACACAGGUUACUUCUUAUGAAGAUAAGCGUACAGCAACUUGUCAACGUUCGUAUGAAAGAUCUAGAGAUGGUGAUGGUGAAGGUGAUCGUACGACUGUGGGUGGAAAAUCAACAACAACUUCAACAUUUACUGAAACUGGUUUGCCGCUCAUUCUAAACUCAUUUACCGUUAGAGGAAAACAAAACUUGCAUUUACUUAAGUCACCACGGUACAGUCUCGAAAUUGGACCAGAACGUUUUGGAUACGAAUCCUUAGACGAUACAUGUAAUGAAGGACGCGGAACAAGCAGAAAUGUCAUGCAGAAACAUGAUCGCGCUAAAAGCAGCAAAACUUAUUUUAAUCGCAAUACUGAUGUUCAUGGUGGUAGAGGUAGUAGUCGUGGUGGUAUUGCUUCUCAUGAAAAAGAUCUUAAUGCCGAAGCUGAUACCGAUGAGGACGACGAAGAUGAUUAUCAUUCUUUACCAUUAACAGCUUCGUCAUCGGCAACGACUUUGGGAAAAGUUAUAUACUCGCAAGCAUUAUCGCCAUCUAAACAUCGCUUUUCAAGUGCAAACGCAAACGCUGAACAUGAAAAACGCUACAAAUAUUUGGAUAAAAAGAAUAUGGAUAGCAGAAAGCAUUUACAAGCUGAAGAUAAACCUACAAAGAAACAAGUUAAAUUUAACGAUAAUCCUAUUGGGCCCACACGACGUCCACAUACCAAAUUGCCGAUUAAGCCAGCUAUACAUCUUAGCAAAAUCCAACCCAGCAAUCAACCACGCGUUUUCUCUAAUUCACCCCAACCACGCUUUGCAUCGCCGUCAUCCUCGACAUCUUCAACAACUGAGUCUCUCAAACAAAUGGCACAAAAAGGUAGGAGCUUUGUUGUCAAAUCUAAAUCACAAGAAUCUAAAAAUUUACCUAAAACCUCAUCUUCAAUAAUAAUUGAUACCGAUGAUGAUGAUAAUAAUGAUGAAGAUGAUAUUAUUCUUGUUAAUGCUAGUAUAAAUAUAAGAAAAAAUCCUUUAAAACUUUCUACUCAACCAAUUCAAAGUAAAAAAACCCAUAAAAAAGGUAUAACAAAUCAGCAAUUGUCACUUUGUAAUAGUAAUAUUUGUACAAAUACGGGUUCUGUUUUGAAUAGAACAAUAAACAUGUCUCAUGGGCCAAAAGAUAUUUCAUCAACCAAUUAUUUACGUAAUAAAAGUGUUGACAUUAUACAUAGAGCUGAACAUGAUGAUAAUGAUGAUGAUAAUAAUAAAAAUGGUGUUGAUAAAGAGGUGAAAGGCGAAGCCCAUGUUAGUAAUGCCAGCACCAUACGUAAUAAUAUAGGGAUUUUAGAAGUGGAAAAACGUAUAGAAAUGGAAGAACAAAAUUCAAAUGUUUCCACCACUACAGGGCCUAAUAUAGAUUGGACAGUAGACAUAGAAAGUGUAGUUGACCGACCAGUAGCCGCAGUUAGCGACAGAUGCACAGUUACUGUGGAAAGUACAAGUACGGAGGAGUACGAAAGUAUACCUACGUCUGAAACACACAUAAGUACUGACAUUUGUACGAGUAGUACAGGUGCAAAUAUGCAAGAUUUGCUGGAAACUAGGGAAGUUAGUGAAAACAACGCUGAGCUGAGCAACACACCCGUGCUCUUCAGCGUACCGUUGAAUAUCGAGCAAGUGAACAGAAGAGAUGAUAUAUACAUAGCAAUUGCUGAUCAACAGAAAGGUGAUGAGGCAGUAUCAAAUGCGUGCAUUGAAUUUGCAAGCGAUAAGAUAAUAAGUGCGAAUAAGAGCAGCUUAAAUGCCACUUGUAAUGUUGUGGAUAAGCCAACUGGCAUUGAAAGUGUUUUCGGCAGUGAAGAUGCAAACAAAAAAGAGGAAAAUGUGGAAGGCAAUACAAAUGAAGGGGAAAAAACAGGCAAUGUCAAAGAAGCAGAAACAGCAAACGAUAUGCCGCAAAUAACCGUUACGCAAAACGAAACUGUUUCUGCAGUAAAUCAAGAAUAUGUCAAAGAAGUUGAGCAAGAAAGUGCCGAGACGCCAAUAGAAAUUUCUUUGGCAAAACUAAAUGAAAUAAACUUUGUAAAUCAAGUUGAGUCUCAAGAAGCAUGCCUUGAAAUAGAGGAAACCGCUGGUAAAUACUGUAACGAUCUUGCCGUUCUCACUGGUCCAAAUGAUUCAGGCGAAGAAAAUGCGCCAAGUAGCGUCAAAGAAAAAUAUUUAUCAGAUAUGAACAUUUCUGCAAGUGAAGAGUAUAAGGAAACCGAGGAGAACAAUGAGAUUAAUUUAAAAAAGAGUUUACAAGAAACUGUAAAUCACAACCCCACAGCAUCCGAUAAUAUAGAAGUACAAAGUAGUGAGAAAGCUAAUAACGGUGCAGAAAUAAUUGCGAGUAAUGUAGAAAACUCACCAAAUAAAGAGAGUACAAUACUGGCGGAAAACAAGACACCAAAAGAAGCAAAUUCGAAAAUUUUAGAAAUAAGUACUAAUACGGGAAAUACAAAUCCAAUUAUAAAGGAUAUUCAAGAAAACAAAGAAGAGACAAUGUCUAGCACAGAAAUAAAUUUAACAGAAAGAAAUCUUAAAAAUGUCAUUAUCGUAAAUUUACUUACGAACACAUCCAUUGAUGCACAGGGAGAGAGUACUGGACCUCAUACCGCAGAAGUUAAUAAACAAGCAGAAACAAACUUAGCGUGUGACUCAAUUGAUAAAAGUCAGCUGAAUAUUAUGCCUGAAGGAAGCAUGCCCUUGCCGGAAGUAUCAGCAAACCAAAAGAAAUCUGCUGACUCUGAAACGAAUAUUGAGAAACAAUUGAACGCUACUGAAAGCUCUCUGGAGAUGAAGUGUGGCAACGUAUUGGUAAGGAGAGAAAUACCUAAUGUCCCGGAGGAGAACAUCAAGACUGAAAAGUUAUUAGAUACAAAUACAGAUGAAAUACAAAAUAAUGGCAACGAUUAUAAACCAAUUGAAGAAAUUGACAGGCGUCAAGAAACGACCGCUAGCACUUCUGCGGCUUUGACAGACAAUAUGACAGCUCAUAAAGAAAUAUUUAAAGCCGGUGGCACUACAAACACCACCAAUGAUGGUCUUGUCUGCCUAGUAGCAGCUGUAAAAGCUGUUGAAGCGCUCACAUCCAACACUUUUUCGUCGGAGAAUGUAGAAGAUAAUGAAAUGGGAAGUGUUUCGGGCUUGAAAGUGCACAAAGGUAAUGGCAAAUCGGAAAACGCUACUGAUUCCAGGGUGUUGCAAGAAGGCUCUGCAAAAACUAAUAAAGAACCGACUGAAAGCGCACUUGAUGUUGUUGAAAAAAGUAGUGAGCAACCUAUGCCUCGCAUACAAGUCAUGACAGUGGUAGCUGCUAAAACAAGCAGCGCAGUUUCGCGCUCAAAUAUUUAUUUUAGUGGUGAUAAAAGUCCACAAACAAAUUUGGAACGACUCGCUGAAGCUGUUUUACUAAGUGAGGCUGCAGCAAAGAAAAAUUGCAGUGUAUUGAAGAAGGCUUAUGUGCCAGAAAGUGUGGAUAUAUCGACGAAGAAUGCAAGAAAAAGGUUAAAUAUUGCAUUAGCUAAGUCAGUGACUGAAAAAAUCGCCUCCCGUGAACAUCUGAAUAUAAUUUCUUCUAUGAGCAAUUUAAAUGAAAGUGCUGUAUACGAAACAAUAGAGUUAGCUGCCACUGAAUUGACAUCCUUAAAAAAUACGACUCCGACACUAGUUGUUGAAUCUUUGAAUGUUGAAACAGUCACUUGCGAAUCGCUUCCACAUAAAGUUUCGUCUAUUUCACAAAUACCUACUCAAGAACAUGAAAAAAUCACGCAAGUGUCAAAGUCUUUCCAUUGCGAUACGCAAAUCAAUAAAGUUGGUGAUAAUAUAGAAACUAAGGAACGGGAGAGAGUCGAAAAUUCAUGCCCAAUUACUAAAGGUGCUGCAGCUAAGAAUGUAAAGAGAGUUAAGACAAAAAGUUCCAUGCUCACACAGCCAUUGACCAAUAAAACCGAUGAAUCCUUAAUGCAUGGUUCACAAGAAAAUUCAUGCGGGAAACUCGAGACAACUUCAGAAAUCUCUAGCAUAGCGGUACCAGCAAAAACUGGUUCAACUUUUCUUUCAUCUUUUGAAUACUUUAUAAAUACGUUGAAAGAUCCACCACCAAGAAAAGCUGAAAUGGGAGCUCCGCGCAGAUCACCAAGAACUCCAAAGAUAGUUGGCAAACAAUUAGUUUGUGGUAAAACGCCCAAUAAUAAAGAAGCGGAUUUAAAAACAAAGCAGAUAUCGGAAGUUACCCUCUCAAAAGACGCCAACACAGCUUCGACUACGCCAAAAAAUAUCACUUCCACUGCAUUACAAUCCCCAGAAUUUUCUGUAUCUGUAUCCGAUAGUGAAAACUCCCGCUUUGAAGUGGAGAAAAUGCAAGUAAGAAAGAGGUAUAGUUUACGUAAGACUGAACAAUGGAAAGUGGUGAAAAAUACUGGCUUAAGAACUUCACCGCCAACAAGCAUUGGCGAGAGCUUAAGUUAUAAAAAGUCUGCUGCUACAAAUGUGAUCUCCAAACGUUGUAUAAAAAUACGCUUAGCAAGAGCUAAAGUACCGACAAAAGCAGAGAAAAAGGAAUUCUUGCCCCUGCCAGAAGCAACAACAGUUGACAAUUUAGAAACACAAUUCGGUGAUAUGUCACAUCGUCCAAUAACCAGAAAACUAGCAGCGGCACUAAAUUCAAGUCUGCAAAUGGAGACUGAAAAUGCGGUUAUAGAACCGAUAAAACCAUUCAUUGAAGGUGCUAGAAAAAAUAAACCAAAAAUGUGUAUAAAUACGAAGUCGGAACAACCAAUGGCACAUAAACGCCGAAAAUGUAUUAAUACGCCGGAUACUUUGAAUGAAAAAACUGCCUACGAAAGCAACUCUACAGGCAAGCAUAUGUUCCACCGGGAAAAUAUGAACACAUUUGUAAAAGGAAAGAGAAAAUAUACUCCUGCCGAAACGGCUACUGAGCGGUGCAAAGAGCCAAUUAAAUCUGCAAAAAGGUUUGAAAAGGAACAUAACAACGAUAGAGUUGAGACACUUGCCGAAGGCAUACCAUGUUUACCAGCGAAAAGUUCUCCAAAACGCGCGAAAACUAUCAUACCAAAAAAGGUGGUAAGAAGUAGUGAAAAAGGGAAGACAGUGACUAAACAGAAUGCACAGCAAGACACCACUCCUAUUUUUGAGACAGUUAUUUCAAAGCCAUGUGCCAGCACUACGGAUAUACUAAUUACAAAAAUAAAUUCAAUGGAAAAUACCGAAAUAGAGGGACAUGCAGAAGCGCCAGCUGAAUUGAAUAAUGAGGUGCUGCCAAAACAAAAUUGCAAUGACCAACUCAACAGCUUGCCGCUUGAUGGUAAUAUACCCAGAGAAGGAUCGCCAAGUGCAGAGUAUACAAAACUAAACGAUACCGAACCUGAUACUAGUAAAAAAGAUUUUACUGUAGAAAAAGUUACCGUAUCAGUUGUUAAUAAACAAAAUUCAACGAUGAAAAAAUUACGUGUAUGUGGGGAAAGUUCAUCUGCUGAAAUGUACGAUGCUAAAGAUAACAUACCCAUAGAGAGUUCGGCUAACGAGAAUAUUCCCACAAUUGAUGAAAUGUCAAAAACUACAGAAGAAAAUGUAAAAACUAAAAUAACUUCAAAUAAUACUCUACAAUCAGCGGAAACUGGAGGUGAAGAUGCAUCAUAUAAACAAAAAAGUGAGUCCAGUUUAGAAGCGAUGCAUGUAGAGGGUAAUAGUAGUAAUGAAACAGGCUCAUCGAACGAAGUUGGUGAAAAGAAUUCAGUUAUACCGGAAACUAACUACGAGCACAGUAUGAAAGUUUUGCCGUCAGACAUAAGUAAUGAGAAAAUUUGUUGUGAAAAAAGCGUUGGCAUAGAUGCAUCAGUACUUCAAACUCUACAUAAUGUAUCACUUCUCAAGGAAAAUUCAAUAACUGAUGCUCACACAACAGAUGUUCGCUCAACUGAAAGUGAAGAAAUUUUGGCAGCGAAUUUUCAUGAAGACUCAAACUCUUUACCAGAAAGCAAUGAACCGUCUCGCUUGUUAGAUAUCUCAAGUUUCUCGAGUCUAACACUAGAUGAAUCUUAUGAUACUGCGAAAUCUGUUAUUAAAUGUAGUACAAAGCAAACUGCUAAUCUGCGUUAUGACAUCGAAUUUCUCGACGAAGAUUCCAAUAUCAAUAUGAGCAUUUCACAUAUAGAAAUAAACGAUAAAAACGAAGAACCCAAUGAUAUUGUAUCCAUAAAUACAUUAAAAACAAAUAUGGAAGCCGAUAAGUUAUUAGAAGAAUAUAAUCAUUCCACGCGCAUAAUUGCAAAUGCAAAUGCGAAUUUGAAAGCACCUACAGCUGUACAAACACCAACCGAUGGGCGUACACCCGCUUGCAGUAGUGUGACCUUUAGCUACACCGGCAGCGAUAGUUCCAGCUCAUUUACGAACAGUUGUUCGUGUAGUACAACAUCUACGAUAAAUUCAGCAACAGAUUUAUAUAAAAAUGAGCCAACUAGCUUUAAAGUCGUACAAUCACAAGCACAAGUUGUCGAAUUACUUUCGAGUACGAACACAAGCUUUCAGGAUUUGUCUUUGUUAGAUUUGGAGCAUGAUGUUAUUAUAAAUCAUGAUGAAUUGCUCUCCGAGUUGAUGCCAACUACUGAAAUGGAGCAUAACUAUGCUAUCAAGCCCUUAGAAAUUUCUGUAAGUAAUGAAUAUGACACACACUUGCAGGAAAAAGAAGAUACUUGGCCUUGUCAUGCUGAUGAAAGAAGUGAUAACAACUCUAGCGGUAGCUCUGCAGAAAUUGUGACCUCACCAAAUAAAGAAAUACCGCCCGCAUCAGCAAGCUUAAAAGUUUCCAUACCAAUUGCCUAUAUAAAACGACUGGAUGCAAUAACAGAAAACGCUUCGAAGAAUUGGUAUUUAUCUGAAAAACCUUCCACAUCUAAAGCGGCUUUGGCGGCAUUGGCCAAAAGAAAUGCACAACUCGGAAUCGAUACAAUGUUUACUGGGACUCCGCAUGCAAGAAAAAGAAACGUAACAGACCAUACAGAAUCGCGUCACCUAAAAGUGCGUGACCCAUCGCCAAGUUUACCGUUAAAGAAACGUAGAAACCUAUCGGGUGCGCCGGAAGAGGAUGUGUGUAGUGCAGCGGUAAUUUUGUACGAUGAUUGUGCACUUGUAAAUAAAGGUAAAAAAACAGCAAAAGAAAUUGCUAUGCACGAGAUAAAAACUAACUUAAGUGAAAUCAAUCAUAAUGAGAUCUUGGGGUUUCAAAACACAAAAGAUGGCGAGCAAAAUAUCAAGGUGGAACAAUAUAUAGAAAAUCCAAAAAGAAUCGUAGAGCAUUUAAAUGAAACGGUUUGUAAUGUGGAAAAUGGACUUGACGGGGAAAAUAGUGGGAUAAUUGAUGAACCAGAACAAAGUGAAGAAAACGAGUUAAUAAAUUUCCAAGACGAUAUUAGUGCAGAGAAGAAGGCACUAACUGCAACCUCUAAUAAUAGUGAAAACUCACUUGGAAGAGAUUUUGCUAAAGGAAAUGCUGAUGAAUGCACCGAUGGCACGUACCUAUUACAACAAGUUCUUGUAGAUUGCCGAGAUAACGAAAUUGAAGAACAAAAGUGUAAGAAAGAAGCAGCUGUUACAACAAUUCAAAAAACACUUGUACCGGAAGAGAACUCCAAUCUGUCAGACGUUCAGAAAACAUUACAAGAACAACGAAAAGAAAACAGCGACGAACACGAACCAAGCAGAAACCACGAACACCCCAUGGAUAUUACGGUUCCACAAAAGAGAACUGUCGAAACUGAUGUUGAAGUGAAUACAGGGGAAGAAUCAAAAAAUCGAAAUGAAGUUUCGUUUAAUAUAACCAAUAUAAAUCUUAAUAAGGACUAUACUUCGCGAACGGAGACAAUAUAUGAAUACGAACGAAAGGCAGAGAAUGAUCCAACAGAAAGAGUAUCAGACACAACAGAAAGACAAAGUAUACAACCUCAGCAGCAUAGUAAAGAGAGUGCUGAACUUCAAAACGAUGCAGAGAAUCAAGAGGAAAUACAAUCACCAGUAAAUACCAAACAAAGCACAGAAGCUACUUACAACACAGAAGUGGUAGAUACAGUUCAAGACCAAAAUGCAAAUCCCACAGCGGAAUGGGAAGCUAAUGGCUCUGCAUGUAAUAGUGUUGCUAAGGAAUUAACGAGUGCAAAGGAAUAUGUAAUAGGAGAAACAUUUGUAGGAACUAAUGUGAAAGAUGUAACGGAAAUUAAUGGUGAUAAUUUAGCGCAAGUAAAAGAAACUAGGAGAAAUAUAACAGUUCUUGAAAUCCCGAAAUCCCUGGUAAAGUAUUUCGAGACACCGGAUGAGGAAUCAUUGGAAGGAGAUCCAAAAGGAGAACAGAAUUCGAGUGAGGAUAUUUUACAAUGUGAAGAAAACGAGGCUGCAAUAGCUCAAGAAGGUGACUCGAACGAGGAGACACAACAACAAUAUACACUGAACAUGUUUACUAAUGGAAUUAGUAAUGAGGUAAUCAUAAAAAUUACCCAAGGUCAAAGUGAAAAGGAAACGACAGCUAAAUCAAAAGCAAAUAUAGAUAAUUCAAAUCGAGAUUUGCUACAAGACGCUUCAGUGAAUUUAGCCACUAAUGAUUUGGAAAAAGAAGCGGGUGAAGCAAGCACAUUGCAGCGAGAAGAGACAACAGCUCAUCAAUUGACUGAAGUAUUACAAAAUUGUGAACAGAACUUUACCUUAACAAAUAAGACUGAAAAUGAGGGAAAUUCAAAUAAUAUACAAUGUGAAGAAAUCGCACAAAAUCGCUCAGAGCACGUAACCAAUAAAGAUAACAUUGCCAGUGCAUUAGUACCGCAGGCGGAAGAGGCACAGCUUACUGAAAUGACAACCGUUCAACAGCUUUUGGUACCAGAUCAUCGCGGUCUUACACUGACGGAAGCAUGUUACACAGCGCAAGCGAAUGAUGAUGCUACAGCAAACUGUGCGGACAAUACCAGCAGUGCUGCCAGCACAGAAAUUCAAGCUCAAAACAUGCAAAACUAUAUAUCCAUACCACAGGAUCAUGGUAAAGAGAGUGAAUUGCUAAAUUUUGACGAUCAAGCAAAUGAGACUAUAUUAACAAAUUAUGAAGAUCAGUUCUUUGUGCCUGGGUGUUUGAACGACUCGGUUAGUGGUUUCCAGGAUGCCGCUAAUAAUAUGUUCCCAUCGAAUGUUUAUGCUGAAAAUGAUUUUGAUAUCGCCAAUAAUAUUAUUAUACGCACACAAGAAAUUAAAGAAGAAUCCAUGGACUACAUGAGUAAUAUAGGUUCACCGAAAAAUAGUCCAAUUAAUUUAACAACAUCGGUGCCCGGCUUCACAAAUGCCACAGAUUUAGGCGCUGAUUUAUUAAAAUCUAACGAUUUUAUUGAUUUGACAGCAAAUUUAACAAAUAGUGAUGCAGCAAGCAACUCUAUCGAUUAUCAACUAUUUACAAUCGGAAGCGAUAUUAGAACAAGUUUUCCAAGUGCGCACAUUACAACCAUGCCAACGUCUGCGCAUGAUACAUUAUGUGUUACGUUGCCGCACAGCCAAACAGUCAGUUCAGACUUGAAUGUAAAUGAUACACCAACAAUACAAAACUAUGGAUUCGAUGUAGAAGAGCAUGACGUCGGUCAUAGACCCAGCAGCCAAGACCUAACGCAAAUGGCCGAACUUGGCUUUGUUGUAGAAAGAAUGCAGACGCCAACGGAAGCACAGCUGCCCGAAACGCGAAUGCAGACGGUACAAGUGCAAGGCUACACGAACUUCGCCCAGACCUUAAAUCAUGGGCUAACGCCAGAACAGAAAAUCGACACCACAACGGAAUUUGUUGCAAUGAAGUCGCCAAUUAGUAUAAGCUCAAAUAUGGGCACUAUAAAACCAGUGCGACCCAUUCAAGUGGUGCCAAUGGCGGACGCACACGAAGCACAGCCAAUAGAGCCAUCUACAUUAAAGAUAUGCUCAACUAGCCAAUCGACCCAGCCAGCAAGCCAGGAUAAUGAGCGCAUUUUCGGCAUGGAACACAACUUAACAACAACAACAACUGAAAUGACAACAAACUCUACAUAUGUACCACAACAUCUGACACAACCAUCAACCUUAUCCCCAAUUUUACCGUUAAUUAAACCAACCACAACAGCAACACUCACUAGUAGUAGUAGUAGUAGUAGCAGCAAUGAGAACACAAAUGAAAUGUUCAGCUUCAACGAUUUGGAAACAAACACAACGCAAAUUACGCAUAUGCCUGUGUGUACCAUGGCGUCGUUAACAGAGAAUUCUGCGAUUAUCGAAAGUUUUACAACAACAACAACAUCUAGCAUAGCUGAUAAUGACACAACAACUGCUUGUGCCACCACAUCAAGUACCAAUACAGAAACCGGCGAAGAAAAUUCAACAACUUCGGUAAAAGCUCAAAAUUCAACUACACAACCGGCGGAACUAACACGCGGUAUUACAACAACACGUACGCGUGCGCCGGCACGUGUGCAGAUUGUCGCGCCACAGCGUAAGAGUCGUGAUUUUCCGCCAAAAACUAGUGAAGAUCCAAAAACGCCAGAGUCGAUAUUUACAAAUACGACAGCUGCCUUUUGCAAUGCCAUUGAAUAUAAUACCAAUCAGAUCGUUGCUUCACUGCCACACACGUAUCCCACAACAUCGCCAACGCAAUGCUCGAAUAGCUUACGUUUUGAAAAAUACAUACAACAACUGGCGACGUUCAUGGAUGUGUCGGGCAUUAUAGCUUCGACGCCGCAGCAUGUGUGUGUCGAUAAGAAAGACUGGGCAGCAGCACAUCUCGCACUAUUCACACAAGCAAGUCCUUUGGCGUCGGUUCUCCUGAUAAAGCCACAUGAUGAUGGUACUAUGUCGAUCUACUUUGAUAGUGAAGAAAGCAUUGUAUUAACGGCGGAAAUGGUGAAGUUGGUGAAUAGAUUAUCGUUGGGAUUAAUCAUACUGCAGAAACGUCAAACGCCAGUUUUGGGCAUGCGGGAGUUAUUGAAAAAAUUGACCCAAGUAGCAUCGAAAACUAUAUACAGAACUACGGUGAAUGCCAAUGCGUUGGAGCAGUAUGAUGAUGGUGUCUGUACAAUAGGUAACAAACAACAACUACAGCAGAUGCAGCCUUUGAUCAAUCCAAAUGUACAAAAUAUACAAAUGUAUACCGGCAAUUGGAAGAUAGAAGACAGCGAAAACGCUCUCACACUCAUGCCCUCGAAUGCGCCAACAAUACGAAUGGAAAAUGAACAAUUACAACAACAGCUCAACAGUGCGGAUACCUUGCCAUUGCAAGUUGACGGCGGAGGCUUUGUGAAUUACGAACAACCCAUCGCUUUCACUUUGGACGACAACUCCACAACUAUACUCACAACAAAUGCAACGCUGAGUGCGCAACCUUAUGAGCAAGUCGCUUUUCAUGCCACAUUGGCGGACAGUGAUGCCGAGAAAAAUUAUAAUUGGACUGAAGCAGAACAAAUUGGGCUAUUGAACUGGCAACAAGAAGCGGUGGUGCCACAGCCACCGCCGUCGUCGUCAACGGAAUUGAAUCAACAUCAAGCGCACCCAUCCAGCGUCGACACGUCAUUAUUCAAUGAACAAACUGUGAAUAGUAAUAUUGAGGAUGCAGCAAGCGAUUAUAUGGUAGAAAAUAAUGAAGACUUGCACACAGUGUUCACUGUUAGUGACGUUCCUAAUGAUAUGUCUACAACAGAAGCACAGAACAUAACGCACAACGUGGCACAAAGCCACAAUGCAUUUAUUGAUACAGUCACCAAGCCAAAAUGCCCAAGGCAAAAGAGAGCGACAAUUAAGAGGACCCCAAUCAAAAAGUCGAAUGCUCCGCCUAAAGUCAGGAAAGAUGUUGGGAAAAGCUUGGAAAAAUCAACACCGAAACAACGCAUUAAUAAACGUGCGCCGAUAAGUGUCGCUGUCAAACCACAACAGCACAUAGAAAAACCAGUGGAACCAACCAGGAUGCAACACAAUAAUUCACCGUCAACUACGCAUGGCGGUUCGGCGAUCAUACACUACAGACAUAAUGCGCCGCCGCAAGUUGGGGGUAUACCCAAUCAACACACUGCUACACUACAUUAUAAGCAACCGGUUGCCGGCGUGCCUGCUCAUCAAGGGCUACAACAACCACAACAACAACAGCAGUCUUUAUAUAAUACCCUUCCACAGCCAUCAACACCAUACAGCAGCAGUACAGCUGGUAACCAUUUGAUCCAAACAAUACCACUUAUUAACAUUGAAAAUCUGAAAAACAUACAAUUACUCUCGCAGCAACCAACACAAAAUUCAACGCUAUACGCGGCAGCAGGUCAAGGCAAUACUGUGAGGUAUUUAAUAACAACACCACACACACACACCGCAACACUGCCGAAUAACAAUCCCGCAUCGAAUAUGCCAACACAGAUACCACAUAUAGCAUAUUCCUAUCAGAUGCCGCAACAUUUCGGUGAUAAUUCUCAACAGAGCCACACCAACGCGAAGGCUCAAUCGCAAAAUACAAAAUAUGAAUUGCAAGCAAAUGAAAGAGGAAUUGACACUGACAUGGUGGUGACCACCAGCGCGCCACCCUCAGAUGCAAGCUUAUUGCGUAAGGUGCGACGUAGUCGUCCACCCGCAAGUAAUCCCAUGCCAAAGCUAACGCCUAACAGUGAUAGUGCAACAACCAGCGAUGGCGUGUUAAUGACUGAAUUACCGACUUUGACACCAUCACAUGUGAUCCAACAGCAAUUUUUACAAACCAGCCAAACGGACAUGAUGAGCAAUAAUCGAGUCGAGCAUUAUCGUAACUCGCAAAAUUUAGUACAAUCAACACAACAGCAACAACAGCAACAGCAAGGAUUGAACAACAUAAGAGCGGAAGAAGAUGAAAGAAUGUAUAUGAAAAUAACACGAAUCUCAACACCCACACCAAAUCCGCCGGAAGAACACAAACAACAACAUGAUGUUCUUAACCAACAACAGCUACCACAAUUACCGAUACUAACAGUCACAACGCAAAGGCAAAGUAUACUCACACAAGACAAGCUUCCACCAAGAUCAGGGAAAGCAGUGAAAAAAAUAACAAAACACCUCAUGCCAACUGCGUUUGCGCCGAUGGCAGCAAAGUUGCCAAACCCAACACGUAAACGCGGUCGACCGCGCAAGGGUUUGACGAACCACGAUGAUGGUACCAGUGAUUUGAUAAAAAUGCGUAGCGCUUAUGAGACGGCGCAAAAGUUUGCGAAAUUAAGGGAAAGCGUAAACAUAUCUUCUGUUACUAGAGUGCCCACACCACUGCCGCCACAACAACAAGAGGAAGGGCGAGAACAACUGCAAAAAGAGCAACGGCAACAGCAUCAGAAACCGCCAACACAAUCAAUGUUUUCAAGGCAAAUGUCUGUUUUAGAGAAGCAGCAACAGCAACAGCAACAGCAAAACGAACAACAAUUGCUUGAACAACAGCACCAGCAACACGAACAGUUAGAAACAUCAUCGUUUAUAAGCGCUGAGCAAGCAUUUAACAUGCCAGAGCAUAUGUUUAGCAGUGUUGACGGUCAAAAUGUUGUAUUAGCGGGAGAACAGGAACAGCAACAAGACUUACAAUCGCACUCACAUUCACAUAUGCCUCCAUCGCCGGCAGUUAAUCAGAAAGCAGCGCGCAAUGUAUGAUAUCAAAGUCGUCACGAAGAGUUAUUCAACUAUACUUUUCGUUUUAUCGAUAUUUAAAUCACACGGUCUUUAGACGUUGUUUGAUUUUAAUGAAAUUAAGACUAUUUGGCAACUUUUAAGCUUUAGAGGGAGUCCGGGUACUCCCAAAACUCCUUUAGGCAGCACAGGUUUUCUUUUGUUUUUAAUUUCAUUGAAGACUCAUUAUAAAAAUAUUUAAACAAAUUAUUUUUAUUUU